AUGGUAAGAUCAAUGAUGAACACCUGGGGAUGUCCAGUACAUGUGCUAAAGGAAAAGACGGAUAAGAUGGAAUCAAGAUCAAAUGUUUGUUUCUUUGUAGGAUAUCCAAAGGGAACAAGAGGUUACUACUUCUAUAAUCCUCUUGGUGAGAAGUUGCUGAUGAAGCAAGUGAUGCCCACAGGGCCUCAUAGGCAAAUAGAACCAGAGGUAGUAGAAAAUGAGGCACCCAUUGUUGUAUUUGCACAUGUCCCUACAAAUAGGGAUAUUGAGGAUGUUGUUCCUAACCAAGGACAGGAUCAAAUAGUGGGAAGAGAGGAAGGACCUUUGGUCAGAUUGGACAAUCAGACACCUCCAACUAUUACUCGUAGUGGGAGGGUUGUGAGACCACCUUCUAGGUACUUGCUCUAUGGAGAAUCCUAUCAGGUGAUCUCUACUGAGCAAGAAGAAGAUCUCACUUCGUUUAAGGAAGUAAUGGAGGAUGUAGACUUUGAAUCAUGA